CAGUAACCCCAUGGGAACGCAGUCCGCCAGGAGGGGCAGGGCUGGGCUGCUGUGUCUGAGCGCCAUUCGUGGGGUCUUGGGGUAGGGCGGCUCUGGUCAGGGUUUGGACGCAGACUGAUCUCCCCUGGGCUGUAAUACUUGGGGCUAGUUUAGGAGAUGUUGGUGGCCUGUGAUAUACAAGAGGUCAAGAUACAUGGUGCCCUCUGGCCUUAUAGGCUAUGGAUGGUCAAGAGCUGGAAGACACUUGGCUUGUGUUUUUGAUCUAGCGGAUGUCUGAAAGUUGACUUGAGCAUAAGCAGUGAGAUGUUUUGCCAUUUGGGGGCUGUGAGGAGGUUGUGUCUGGAGAAAAUAUUGCUGCAGUGGGUUCUUCAGGCAAGACCUUUGUCAGGGGCUGAAGCCAUCAAUGCUCUCAGACCUUUCUAUUUUGCAGUGCAUCCAGAUUUCUUUGGCCAGCAUCCCAGAGAAAGGGAAAUCAAUGAAAACUCUCUUAAGAGGUUAAAUGGCUAUUUGGAGAAUCUCCAGAAACCAGGAUUUAAGUCUUUUAAGCCAACUCAACUCACUUUUUAUGUGAGAGAGAGAGAACAAAACUCUUCUGAUGUCCAAGAAUCCUUCAGUGCUGCAGGUUUUCGAGCCGUCAGUUUUACUUUGCACACCAGGGACUUACUAAGCACAGUAUUGGACAUUCUCAACUCCUGCAGCUUAUCUACUGAGCAUGUCCAAAGCGUGAACUCUCAGCCUCACAAAGAAGUAAAAGGGACGUUUUACAGGCCUAUCAAAUGGGACAAGACUUACUACUCAUUUACUGGAUUCAAGGAUCCUGAGGAAGAACUAGAACAAGCCCAGAGGGUGGAAAUUACUCUAAUCUCCUGGUUAGAUAAUAGUGAAAAAAGUGCAAUAAAGAAGCUGAGAAAGAGCUUACCACUUAGGGAAGAACUAAACCGUUUAAAAGAUGAACUCACUCAUCAGCUACAGCUCUCUGAUAUCAGGUGGCAAAGAAGCUGGGGUAUUGCCCAUCGUUGUAGCCAGCUACACAGUCUAGAUCGUUUAGCUCAGCAGAGCCCAGAAGUACUGAGGAACGUUAAAGGACACACAGUAGUAUUCACGGACUGUUCAGGUAUGAGUGCAACAGGCCAUGUCAUGCUAGGCACAAUGGAUGUUCACCACCACUGGAUCAAAAUUUUUGAAAGAUUGCCUAGCUAUUAUAAACUUCAAAAGAAGAUGCUGCUUUUGGAGGACCGUAUAAGUCAUCUUCUAGGAGGCAUACAAAUAACAUACAUUGAAGAGCUGCAGCCACUGUUAACUCUUGAAGAGUAUUACACCACUCUUGAUGCUUUCUAUAAUAGAUUGCUUAACAGUAAACUAUCUUUUCAUCCUCGUAGUCUGCGUGGCUUGCAAAUGAUUCUAGAAAGUGAUAGGUAUGCUCCAAACUUGCAUGAACUUGGGCAUUUUAACAUCCCAACAAUGUGUGAUCUAGCAACCCUUCAGUGGUUUAUUAUUACCAAAGCACAGCAAGCAAGAGAGAAUCUGAAAAGAAAGGAAGAGUUGACAGUGAUGGAAAAAGAGCUAAUCAGUGCUUCCACUGAAAAAUUUUCUCUGAAACAGCUGUAUAAGGAACCAAGUAUUUCCCAUGCACAGAUGAUAGAUUGUUGUAAGCGACUGCUGGAAGAAUCACUCCCAUACCUGCAAGGCAUGCACCUCUGCAUUUCACACUUUUACUCAGUGUUGCAAGAUGGAGACCUCUGUAUCCCUUGGAACUGGAAAAGCUGAGGCCUGUCUAAUAAUCAGAGGAACUGUCUAUUUUCUCUGAGGCUAUAAACAUUAAUUAUUUUCUUUUAGAGUAAAUUAUUUAAAUGUGUAUUUUGAUAUCAGUAUUCUAACUAAUCCAAGAACUUUCUUGUUAAUUGCUGCUCAGAAAGUAGAACUUCAGUUCUAGACAGCUUGCUGAAUAAUGUACAUUAUUGCCUGUUCAUGCAUAAACAUUCUGUACGGUUUCCAUACUCCUUUACAAGUCCCAUCAUAGGGAAGGAGUAAUGAAAGGGCAUUUUUGAUAGUUAAACAAAACUUUUGAAUUGGAUUUAAAGGUUACAAAAAGGGGUUUGUUUUGUUUUUCAUAUACAUAAAUAUUCCAGGAUGGAUUUUAAGUUCAUAGAAAUUGUACCUCUAAAGCCAAGCACUAUGUACUGUCUAAAGUAGGUAAUUAACUGGAUUCAAAAAUUAAGAAAUAUCUUGUCAAAGUAGUUUUAGGGGUGGCAAAAGCAGUAGAAGUAAUUCUAGAGUCCUUCAUAUAUCAUUAAGUAUCUGGUGCCAAUACUGUAGUUACAUAUUGCUGUGUAUAUCUUAUUGUAUAAGAAAUAUAGAAGAAGGAAAAAUCCAUCAGUGUUUUUAUUAUGCAGAUAGGAACAGUACUUUGAACAUUUGUUUAAGAGGAGUUUAUUUUAAAUGUCAAUCCAAUAUCUGCCCAUUGGAGUAGGUGUUUACACUUUCAGAAUGACAUCUUCUUUGUAAAUAUAUCUCGUCUACAUUAUUGUUACAAUCAUUUGUUACUGGAGUAUAAGAUGCAUCAAUUGUUUAAGUACACUGUAGCUACGGGCAUGACUGUGAAACUUCUCACACUGGUGAGCGCUGAUUUGCAUGACUAGUCCUGAUGAAGUCUAGGGAUGGUAGAAGUCAGUGUCUGUCUGACUACUUAUAACAGUAAAUGCUCACUAAUGUAAGUAUGAGGUUCACAAUCAGCCCUGAGGAUCAGACGUACUGAAUUUUAUUUAAACUUAAUAACUCGAAUAUCGUAAGAUAAGGAUUGAGGGCUUAUUUUCUGAGUAAAUGUUAGACACGUUAAAAAGCUGCUGUUUCACUGUAUUUCAAACUAGAAUACACACCGUGUUUGAGUUCUACAUCUUGCAAAAUCAUCUGAAAGGAACUAGCCAGUUAACAUUUUUUGGACUUGGAUUCAUCUUUCAGAACUGGCAAAAAUACUGUAAAAUAAAUAUGUAUAAAUUAUGUAUAUUAUUGUUUGUGGUGUUAAGAUUGCCCACCAUAUCCCAAUAUAAGAUCGUGUUUUCACUUGCUUAUAACUUUGCUGUACUUUAACAAUUUGGGCCGAAAUUUUUGAUGCUAGGUGUCUGCUUUAGGCUGAAUUUUUUGGAAAACUUCAGCUGAAAUAGUUCAUCAUUUCUGAGAAAGAGGCAAAGGAAAAAAUAUUGUUUAGCCUAUGUUAAAUAUUUCUUGUUCUUCUUUGAACUGCUUCAGCACCCCUGUGCUUUGGAGCAAGAGGGUUGAUUUCUGUGUCAGGGAUGUGACUUUUGUCGUCCCCAUGAAAAUCCACUUGAAUUUGGCCAAAUUUUAAGCCUUUGAAGAAUUGCAUUUCGCACAUGCAGCGAGAGCCUUGCUAGAGCUUAACUGCUAAAACUUCUAAAGAUUCCAUCCUCACUGAGUAUGCUCCAGCCCCUUAUGGCUCCUGUGUGUGACAGGACUGUGCAUGCACCAGCCCCAUAGAACAGCUGAGUAUGCUGCAGCCCAGGAUUACGAGGGCUCAGAAUUUCCUUGUAACAGCUGUUUCAGGCCAGGGUAGCACCAGGCACCAGAACUGAUCAGGGAGCCUGUCUCUCCUGUGCUCUCAAUGUCACCCCUGUCUGAAGUCCACACCAAGGCAGUAUGGACGAUGUAGCCAGUUGAUUUGAAGGUAGAAGGAACAAAAGCUGGACCCGAGCAGAGAGAAAGGAGUAGGUUGGGACAAGGAGUCUUCUGAGAGUGGGACUGGAAUGGGGAAGUAACUGACUAGAAGCUGAUUGGUAGUGAGAGACUGGGCAAGGAGGAGACUGGGAACCAGUUUGCUGGGAGGGGAAGAUAUUGAGAUCAGAUGAGGAACUAAGAUGAGGCAGGGACUAGGAACCAAUGUUGCAGGCACCUGGAAGGAGAGACAUCUGUCAAGGAGUUGGCUAUAGGGGAGAACUGGGACUGGCUGGGUGAAGACCCUGAGACAAGGAGUCUAGGUGGGAGACGGGGACCGAGAUUGGAUGAGGAGCCAAAGAAGGGAGAUUGAAACUAGGAGCUAGUGUGGAGAGGGGUGAGACCAAUCAAAAGCUAGGUGCGGAGAGACUGGACCUGGCUGGGCAAGGUGUUGGGGUAGGGAGUGGGGAACUGGGACUAGCUGGGUGAGGAGAUGGAGACUGGGUGUGGGGAGGGAAAGAGAUGGGGAGCCAGGGAGCAGAGGGGAUGGGGACAGCAUGCCCAGGGGGAAAGACAGAUUGGCUGGGCAAGGAGACUGAGAUGUGAAGACUAAGGAAUGGACGCUGGGAGUGGCCAGGUGAGGAGAAUGGGACUGACACAAGGAGCCAGGGCUGAGGAAGAGACAGGACCGGGACAAGUUGAAGGGGAUGGGACAGAAGGGGUCAGGCUUGGGGGAAAUGGGAAGGAGUGUCUGUGCCCACUGGAGCUUGGGUUCUAUUCCAGACUCCCCAUUCAGAGUCUAGAAUAGAACCCAAGAAUGCAGAGUCUCGCCAUUCCUUUGCUGUCAGCAAACAUCUGUGAAACCCUUGUCAUAGUGUGUGUCCCAUCCCCCACUAGUACUGGUCCACGUAGAGCAUGACAGCCUACUCCUGCUCCUCUAUUGGCUCAAAUGGGAGAGGUCCGUAUGGUGAAUCUAAAGGUUUCAACCCCGUUGGUGACCCAUGUGGGUGUCAAUAUGAUUUCACAUUAUGGAAUUUGUUUUUUCAGUUUCUUUUUAAAAAAAACUAGGAAAUAACACACAAACUAUGUUGAAAAUUCAGUAUUAAGGUUGCAGAAUUAAGCACUCAAAAGUUAGGAAAUACCAGAAUGUAGAUUGCCUAACUCAACCCUCAGCAUUCUUCACAUCUAUUUUUUGUGUGGAAUGAGGAAAAAAGGGUGGUGAUCAAUAACUACUACUAAUCAUAAUAAAAAUCCAAAGCCAGUUCUAUUUUUGAGUAUUCAUUGAUUUCACAUUUAAUAAUCAGAUUGGCUGAGACUUGAGACUUUUCUUCUCUCUUGUUUAGAAAUUUUGACUACUUAAUCAAAUAUUUGUAGGAAAGGUGGGUAACAAUUCUUGAAUCUCAACCAGUGAUCAAAGAUUUGAGAGGUGGGCCAUCCAUUAUCAAACCAGGACAUUCCAGAUCAUGUCAUUCAGACUUCAAGAAGUAGUUUAGUCUUUACUGUUGCUUUAGAAAGGAAAUUGAAAAGACAUGGUGCUGAAACAGAAGAGAUUGUUAAUCUUUACAAACUGAUAAACAUUUAAUUAUUAAAGAAUAAUUCCCACAAUAA